AUGGCUACCGACCUAAAUCAAAGGCCAAACCUUUUUAAAAAGGAGGUGACUGAUGUGCCGAACUUCAUCAUCCCUGAGAGCCUUGAUACUUUGAGCAACCUAUGGGCUAAAGCAAAGAUAUCGCCUAUCCAUGAGCUUGAGCAGGGCUAUCUUGGUUCCGGGAGCAAGGUCACGCAAACACAGUACCUGGCUCUCAGGAUCAUCCGUUCGUCCUCUAUUCGAAAACCAGAAUAUAUUAAAAGGUCCUCGAAGAGGUUUGGCCUUGACAAAAUUUGGAACGAUGCCACCGAUCGUGUGGCUCGGUCAACGGAGUACAAAGCUUAUUUACAGCUAAUCCGCAUGGGAAUAUCCGUUAUCGAUCUUGCAAGUGACCACCCGUCGUAUUCUGGCUCUUUCAAGCCAGUCAAGCGAGUUCAAGAACAGAUUGCAGCUGUCCAGGAUGUGGAUAUCCCACCUGAGCAUAGAUAUCGGCAAUGGAACCAGCAGCUGUACAAAGUCGCAAAAUCGGAUACAAGGAAAGAAAAGGGAAAAAUGGCUAAGUUGAGACCAUCAUUUGCAUUGAAAUUAUCCUCGAGGAAACCGUCACAGAGAGACUCAGCCCGCAACGCAAAAGAACUCAUCAGUGCUCAGGUGUCAGAACAGUCCGAAGGGCCCCCGAUACCCGAAUCCGCAGUUGAAGUAGAUGAGCCAUAUGUCGACAAAUACUACGAGGCCUUAUAUGAGACAACGCCCAGUUCAGCUUUGAUACUUUUGCUCCAGGGAGUUUCGGAGUUGGUGGAAGGUACUGGUCUUGAGUGGACUUUUGAUCAUAUCCAUCUGAAGGCUUCCUUUGAUAGAGGGUCCUUCAACGCGUGGACUGAUGGUGCAUUUCAAACCAGAGGCGGCAAAGAUAUUCUCGCAAUUGUUGAAGUCAAGAAGAAGCCCAGGGAAAGAAAGGAAAUGGAAAUCCUCAUGCAGGAGGGGGCCGAAAUGGUGGCCUGGUUGAUGAGAGAAAAUGGGCGUCUUCCAGACUUGAAUGGGCACCGCGUUUUGAUUUCCCAGGAUUGCGACAAGAUUUGGGUCACCUUCGCAAUCUGUCACCCCGAUUAUAUCGAGUACAUUAAGAGGAAAGGAAAGAUCACUGACAAUACUUUUUUGAAGAUGCAGACCUUUGGGCCAUUCGAUGUCAACAAUGUUAAGCAUAUGGAUAUUUUAGCUGUUCUCAUCACUGCUAUCACUCUCAAGGCUUGA